GAGGGGCGGCACCGCUGGCAGCCAGCGCGUUCCCGCCGCGGCCUCCUCCCCUGGCCGCCCAAACUCCUGCGGACGCCCCCACGCGUAGCCCGCCGCCCUCCGGCCCUGCUUGCUCCAGAUCCCUGUAGCCCGUCUCGCCCGCGCACCAGCGGAGGGAAGCCCAGCUUGUGCCGGCGCGGCCGCGCCCCUCUGCCGGACGCCUUUGUCCGCCCCCACGUCUCCGCGCGGGGAGAGUUUCUGCCCCAACGCGGGAUGGAGGCGGGUUUGGAGACCGCGAAGAUCUGGGCUGUACGGAGGACGCCCCGCGCAGUGAGCCUCUGGGCGGAAGUUCCAAAAGAUGAGUCGUGGAUAUUCAGAAAACAACAAUUUCCUGAGCAAUAACAGCCAAAUGGUGUUGGACAUGAUCCUUUAUCCAUUAAUUGGAAUCCAUCAGACCAUCAACUGGGAAACUGUGGCAAGGCUUGUGCCUGGGUUAACACCCAAAGAGUGUGCAAAAAGGUUUGAUGAACUGAAGAGCUGCGGAAACUCACCUGUUGACAACCAGUAUAGUCCUCUCAUGGCGGGAGAGAAUCCUGUGGACACUUUAGCUACCUAUAUCAAAUCCUCGCUGCUUGAUGUACCGGGAGAAUUUCAAGAGCCUCCAGUUGGUCAGGGUGCAGUUUCCAAAACAGGAAGACAUAGUAUAGCUUCCACAAGGAAUUGUUCUUCAGAAAGUGAAAAUUGUACUACUCGUAAUGGUGGAGAAAAGACUGAAGAAUCUGAAGGGCCAAACAUGGUGAUCCAUGUAUGUGAUGAAGCAAAAAACUUGAAAGAAGAUUUUAUUUGUCCACGAGAUCUUUUGAUAUCAGAAAUGAAGUACUUUGCUGAAUAUUUAUCUAUGGAUGCCCAGCGCUGGGAAGAGGUGGACAUUUCAGUUCAUUGUGACGUUCAUAUUUUCAACUGGUUGAUAAAAUAUGUUAAAAGGAACACUAAGGAGAAUAAAGAUUGUGAGAUGCCCACUUUAGAGCCAGGAAAUGUCAUUUCAAUUCUUAUUUCUUCAGAGUUUUUGAAAAUGGAUUCAUUGGUUGAACAAUGUAUUCAGUAUUGCCACAAAAAUAUGAAUGCCAUAGUAGCUACUCCAUGCAACAUGAACUGUAUUAAUGCAAAUCUUCUUACACGUAUAGCUGACCUGUUCACACACAAUGAGGUUGAUGAUUUAAAGGACAAGAAAGAUAAGUUUAGGAGUAAACUUUUUUGUAAGAAGAUUGAGAGACUGUUUGAUCCUGAGUACUUGAAUCCAGAUUCUCAGAAUAAUGCAGUGACAUUAUACAGAUGCUGUUUGUGUAAGAAACUUUUAACAAAAGAAACAGAAAGAAGAAUUCCUUGCAUUCCUGGAAAAAUUAAUGUGGAUCGACAUGGAAAUAUUGUCUACAUUCACAUAAGAGAUAAGACUUGGGAUGUUCAUGAGUAUUUGAAUAGUCUUUUUGAAGAUUUAAAAUCUUGGAGAGAUGUAUAUUGGCGCUUGUGGGGAACAGUCAACUGGCUUACUUGUUCAAGAUGUUAUCAGGCUUUUCUCUGUAUAGAAUUUUCACAUUGUCAAUAUCACUCAGAAGCAGUGGUUUAUCCUCCUGCUGCAAGUUCACUGAAUACUGUGGGCACUGGAAUUUUCCCCUGCUGUAACCAAAAGGUUCUUCGGUUUGAUCCUACUCAGCUUACAAAGGGUUGUAAAGUGAGGGACCACAUGGUUGUCCUUCGUGAUCUGGGUGAAGGUGGAGAUUUAUUGUCGUCUUCAGCUGCUAGAAUACUGGAUGAUCUGCAUAAACACAAAGAUGUCAUUGUUGUGCCUUUUUCUAAAGACACAGUUUGUGAUUCUGGGGUUGGUCCCUGCGAUGAGAAGGGUCUAGACUGUGAUGUUUUACUGGAGCCAAAUACACCAUGGGGCCCCAAAAGUGGGGAGCUCAAUGCUUUCUCGUCACUGAAAAACUGGACUUUGCAACUGAAACAACAGUCAUUAUUUUCAGAAGAAGAAGAAUAUACCACUGGGUCUGAGGUCACUGAAGAUGAAGUUGGAGAUGAAGAAGAAGUAUCCAAGAAACAAAGGAAAAAGGAGAAGCCAAAGAAGUUCACUAAACCACCAAAAAAACAGAUGUCUUCACCCUGUGGUCAUAAGAAAGAAAAAGCAUUGGAGAAGUCAACUACUAGAGAUGUGUCUCCUUUCGUUGUAAGUAUGCAGAAGAAUAAAUGGGAUGCUACAAGAUCUUUGAGAUUCAACCAAGAUGCACAAAGAGAAGAUGAUCAACGACGGAUGUCUGAAAUUACAGGGCACCUAAUAAAGAUGAGAUUGGGUGAUCUGGACCGAGUCAAGUCAAAAGAAGCAAAAGAAUUUGCAGGAGGUAUUUAUUCCAGGCUUGAAGCGCAAAUUAAGGCCUCAGUGCCAGUGAGUGCACGUCAAGGCAGCACUGAGAAAAACACAAGGUCUAAAAGCCGUUGGGGUCCAGGGCGCCCUGCGUAAAGCACCUUAACUAAAAAGACAGAAGCCACACCUUUGGACAUCAGAAAUUGCUCACUUCUUGAAGAUCUUCAGAACGAUGACUUCUAAAUGUUUUAAGUUAUUUAUUAAUUAUUCUUGCAAACCACACAAAUCAUAAUGCUAAGGGAAGUAUAUAGUUAGGUCUUAUGAAAUCUUAUUGUAAAUUGAAACUUCUUAAAUCUAAUGUUCCUUUAGUGUGAUGCUAGGCUAUGUAGAAAAUUAAUAUUUACACAUUUGCAUAGUUAAGACUCCUAAUAUUUGUUAUCCUUAAUUUAUUUAUUUGAAAAAGAAGAGGCCUAAACUCUCAAAUAGCUAGGAAUUUUUAAGAUCUUAGAAAAUUAGAGGAACACAGCUGGUAGUGGUACCAUGCAUGUGCACUGAUUGUAGUGUGUCUUUUGGGCUGUAAAUCUUGGGAUAGCAUUGAGAAGUGCAAUUUGUGUGAUGAAACUCCCAAUGAUGCUAAUUUUAAGUUUGCGUGAAUAUUAAGGAGUGACAGAUCUCAAGACUUCAUUAAAUAAAGUUUCAUGGUGAGGUAUUUCCUGUGUUGGGCAGAAGGGUUAAUUUUUUUUCAGCGUUAUUCUAUGGAAAGCACAAUGUUAAUCCAACUUUUUUUUCUUUUGCUUUUUAAUGCUUAUCUGUUGGUCAUCUGAGCUGCAAUUCCUGCUUAUUACCUCUUUCCUCUGUGAAGCCAGUGCCAUUCUGAAUUUGUUAAAAUAACCAUUGAUAGUGUUAGGAUGGUAAAUCAUUUCAGUUGUAUGAGAUACCCACUAUACAGUUCUCAGGGCUCCAAAACCCACCCAUAUUCCUAUAGCCAUUCAAAUAGCCCUUUAAAAGUUACAAUUACUAACUACUUUAGAGAUAUCUGGAAGGAAAGAUUCCCAAAUACAUUUGAUAGAUGAAAAAUUGCAUACAUUCAAGAGAAAUCAAAAUUCUGUAGAUCGUGUUUUAAUUUUUCUAACCAAGCAGAAAGAAUACUCAGGGAAAAUUUUUUCCAAAACAUAAGCACAUAAAAAUUAUGUUUGGAAAUUAUUUAUAUGUAGGUCUCUGAAAACUUUAAGAUGCAUUGUUUCUAAUUUUAGUCUUCAUUUGCCUUAUAAUUGAAAUUUCUUCAGAUUAUUUAGAGAACAGACUUUGAUAAUGUGUGACAAAACAGCAAUUUUUAUUGAAAUUUUGAAGUGUUAUACUCAGUAUACACAUACAGAAAUCAUUAUUUUUAGUGAGUGUUUUAGUUGAUAAAACUAGCUGUUAUUUAAUGUUACAUGUAUGGCUCGGCCAAGGUUUUUGACCUUCUGUUUGGAAACUUUGUUGCAGUUUACAUAUUUUUCAAUUGAUAUUUUUUGAAAUAGAUUAUCAAAUUUUUAUUUUCAAAAGAAAAUGUUUUAUAGUACAUGAUCUGUAAAACCCUGCUAAAUACCAGAGUCUCGGUUAGUUUACUACAUUCUCUGAUUAAAAGGAAUUAGGUUUGUACAUGUUAUCUAGUGCUGUGAUGGUCACAUCCAGAAGAGGAAAACAAGCUCUUUUGAUUUUUAACUGAUGGUAACAAAGCAACUUGCUUCUCUCCAGUGGGGACUGAACCAAUGAAUUGAUUUUUACAGACCAGAAUUUAUCAAAAUUUGUCUUCAGAAUGUUCUUUUUAUUUUGUUAAUAUUGUAGUACAAAGCAUAGGUACCAUAAACAUUUUAAUUAAAUUCUUAAUAGCAUUUCUUUUGCCACAUACUUUAAGGUUUCACCUUGCAUUAAUUCUGAAUUCACAUUUCUUUAAUUGGAAUAAACGUUAAUGACAAAGUA